GUGAACUUUUCGAUAUCUUAAAUAAAAUUAUUGUGUAUUAAAAACAUGAUCACAACAGCUAUAAACUAUUCCCUCGUAGUUCUACUCGGACUCUAAUCGCUGACUCCUCUUAAAGUGUAUCGUUGUGGUAACAGUCCGCAUAACCCUGCCUAGCAUAUUGGACUAUGAUGAACCGAGUUUGUUCCAGCAGAUGAAAUUCAAUGUGAUCAAAGUGUACAUAUCGUUGACGGCCAUAAUAGUGCUUGAAGUGCUACUGAUAUACUUGAGUGUUAGUGCGAUGUAUAUGGUGUCAGAGUGGCUGUCUGUAUUGUAUGUGCCUCUGCUGAUAUAUGCCAUGCACCGCACAUAUGCGCUAUGUGUGGUGCAGCUGCAACCACUCAUCAGUGGCGACGACGCGAACCUCUUGCUUCUGCAAUACUACCAGGAUUACUUUGAGAACGAUGACCCGAAGUGGUUGGACUUGCAGGCGAAGAUGGGCUGUUGCGGCUUGAGCGGUCCUCAAACUUACCUGGACUACUUGCGCAGGGUGCCUGCCGUGUGCUAUCGCCAAGGUAUUCUAGUUACUCGCGGAUGUGAGUAUGUUGUCUACGAUGCAUUCCAAGGGGUCCAUCAGUUAUCCAAGCUGCUCAUCUGGCUAGCACUGGGCAUAGAGCUCGUAACUUUACUGCUUUACAUGAGGCUGAUAAUUAGGAAAUAUAGAUAUUUAAUAUGUAGAAGAAUUGUUGCGUAUAAUGAUUUUAAGAGGUAUUGAGCGAAUAGAGUAUGA